UUAAUGGUGCGGAUCACCGCACUCUCUGGCGAACUUGUCCUGGAGCUGGAGGAUGUCUACACUCGCAUGGUCGAUGGUCAAAAUGUGAGGGACCUCAAAAAGUUCCUUGCAGUUCUGACUGGACACCCCAGGUUUAAGCAAAGACUCCUUGUGGAUGCUGGCCCCUUGCGGGAUGACAUACCCUUGCCAGCGUUGGCAAACAUGCAAUUGGUGAUUUUGAACUUUGCAGAUCCUGAUGAGACAUCAGCGGAAAGACUUUGCCAAGAAUGUGCAAAGAUCCAUGUAGAUCAAGUUGAGAUGCUUCUUCAGAAACCGCAAGAUCCCAAUGUCAGAGGUCCAAUGCGCAGAGCACCCAUUGCUGAUCGAAGCCAGGGCUGAUAUGAACCUAGCAGCUGGGAUGACAGCUUUAGAUACUGCCGUCCCAAAAAGGGAUUCUUCGCAGUGACACGAUGCCGGAGCGGAACUGGAUGAGAGGAACGAUGACCCUUUUCUUGAGGCCGAACGCGCGCAAAAGAGAGGAGGUGCUCCGACAAUAUUUGUUCACCUAGAUUUUUCAGAUGAUUGUCGGCUAAUGUGAUGUCGUUACGAUGGCAUCUCGAUUUGGUUUUUAGUAUACGUUGAACCAUCACAUGCUAUUUGUGUUACACUUUGUUGACUGCUUUGCAUUUGGCAGCUGGGAGUGGUUGCUUGGAAAUGGUUCAGUUGUUGGUUGAGAAUGGUGCAAACAUUGAUGUAGCAACGACAGGAGGCCAAGCACAAACACCUUGGCAUUUCAUGCCACCUGGGUCAGAAUGGCUCACCUGCUGUGCAUCUGGAAAGGGACCCCGGUCUUGGGCGGAGAGCGGCAGAAAUGCAGGGACAUUCGGUCGAAAUUAGGAAUCGUGCACGAGCACUAGCUGGUAAUUUUUUGGAAGUUAAGCGCUUGUUUGGCAAAGAACCAGCUUGUAUGCUCCCGUUUUUUUGGGCAAAUGGCUUUACGGAUUUGCAUUUGGCAGUUUUUGGCGGUCAGCUGGACUUGAUAGAAUUCUUGGUUCAACACGGGGCGGACUUACGUCAUUCACUACACGUCGCAGCAUUUUGCUACAACUUGAAAGUUGCACGCUUGUUGCUUGAUGCCGGAGCGGAAAAGGUUGAGAGGAACGACACAUUGGGCAGUGGCAUGACUUCUUUGCAUUUGGCAGCUGGUAGUGGUUGCUUGAAAAUGGUUCAGUUGUUGGCUGAGAAUGGUGCAAACAUUGAUGUAGCAAUGACAGGAGGCCAAACACAAACACCUUGGCAAUUCAUGCCACCUGCGUCAGUGGUGAAUGGCUCACCUGCUGUGCGUUUGGCCUUCUUGUGUGGCCAUCAAGACGUAGUGGGAUUUUUGGUUGGUGCCAGCUUCGAAUAGAGUGCAGUGCAGCAACGCGUUCGCGAGAUCUACAGUGCUUGACUGCAUGGGCUGCCACUGAAGUAAAA